UGUUCUGAUAAAGGCUGAGCUGAAUUAUAGGCCUUCCGGCUUCCACAGACACAGAGACGGAGAACGGGCAAGUUAGGAGUUUGAACCGAAGCUUUCCCUUCGCAACUUCCAAUGGCGUCUUCUUCUUCAACUGCUGUGAUGAGUUCUUCCGUUCCCAUUCCGGCUUCCUUGUACAGAAGCAGCAGCGGAACCUCCACCUCUGUAGCCUUCCGGCGUGCUGCAUUCUCCUGGCAGCCGGCGUUCCCGGUGAAGCUCCGGUCGAGAAGGAAGUCGGCCGUAGCCGUCCGUGCGAAACUCGGCGAGAAGAGCCCGUUGCUGUACAGGAAGCUCGGCGAUUCCGACCUCGAAAUCAGCGAGAUUACCAUCGGAACAAUGACAUUUGGGGAGCAAAAUACGGAGAAGGAAGCUCAUGACAUUCUUAGUUAUGCGUUCGAGCAUGGCGUAAACAUUCUCGACACUGCGGAGGCUUAUCCAGUGCCAAUGAAGAAGGAGACGAAUGGAAGAACGGACCUCUAUAUCGGCAGCUGGCUUAAAUCCUGGCCACGUGAUAAGGUCAUUGUGGCAACAAAAGUGUGCGGCUACGCGGAAGGAAGAGGUUAUAUACGCGACAACAUCGAUGUGUUGCGGGUCGAUGCUCCCAACAUCAGGGAGAGCGUAGAAAAGAGCCUUAAGCGCCUCGGAACUGAUUAUAUAGAUUUGCUUCAAAUUCAUUGGCCAGACCGUUAUGUUCCGGUUUUUGGUGAAUUUUCAUAUGACUAUGCAAAGUGGAGACCAAGCAUACCUUUUGUGGAGCAGCUGGAGGCCCUUAAAGAAGUCAUUGAUCAAGGAAAGGUCCGUUAUAUUGGAGUUUCGAAUGAGACUUCAUAUGGGGUGAUGGAGUUCGUUCACGCUGCUAAAACUCUGGGCCUACCAAAGAUUGUUAGCAUACAGAACAGCUACAGUUUGCUCUUCCGAUGCCGUGUUGAAGUUGAUCUGGCGGAAGUUUGCCACCCGAAGCAUUGCAACAUCGGUUUACUUUCUUAUUCUCCGCUUGCUGGUGGAGCGUUGAGUGGGAAGUACUUGGACAUCAAUUCCGAGGCUGCCAAGAAGGGAAGAUUCAACCUGUUCCCAGGCUACAUGGCGAGAUACAACAAGUCAUAUGCCAAGGAAGCAAUGCUCAAAUAUCUUGAGGUCGCGAAGAAACACGGGCUAACCCUUGUUCAGCUUGCACUCGCUUUUGCGAGAGACCGCCCAUUCAUGACGAGCUCCAUCAUUGGUGCAACUUCUGUCGAGCAAUUAAAGGAAGAUAUUGAUGCUUUUCUGACAGUCGAGAGGCCUCUUUCCGAAGAAGUAAUGGCGGAUAUCGAGAAUAUCUUCAAGAAAUACAGAGAUCCGGCUGUCCUCUAAGGAUUGUGUACCAAGAUCCAUGAUUUUCCUGCCUCUUUGGCAUAUGAUGAGAGGAUUUAUUUCCCGACAUUCAAUAGAAAGCGAAAAGGCAACCAACCAUACCUUUUCUUUUCUUUUUUGCUGAAUUAUGCGAUGCCUUAUUAAAUUUGUUCAUGAUUUUUUUCCGCUCUUUUCCAUUAUACAACAGAAGGGCCAUGUUAUUAUAUUAUUUUUUCUUGCCUUAUGGCACUAUUUAAUAAAAUUUCUCAUGUUUUGACCACCA